CGGCGCUGGUCGGGUACCGGACGGCGGUCUGUCGUUAUGACGGGCUCCGGUCCGAAGCUCGGGGUGCUUCUGCUGCUGGCGGUGCUGCUGCAGACUGUGGUUGUCACCAUCACCGUGCUGCACUUUACCACGGCUCUCAACUCGAUGAAGGAGACGUUCGCCAGGAGCAGCGUUUCCUGUCUGACAGGCGCCGACCUGCAGAGCAUCACGGCUGUUCGGGGGGAUCCGUGCUGGCAGGUCACUCAGCAGCUUCACCUGCUCAUAGAGAAGUCUCUGUCUCAGCGUUACCAGAAGCAGAUUUCGUCGGCCGUCAGAGACGAGGUUUCUCGGGUGCUGCCCUCACUGGUGAUGGUGGACAGAGCUUCAACUCGCCCUAAAGUCGCGGCCCAUGUCACGGGAAGCUUUGUGCCCAAACUGGAGCGAGACGGAGGAGCUCCGGUCUCCGCCGGGCGCCGAGUUCAGGGCCAGAAGAUCUCGUGGUGGGAGGGCCAGAAGGGGCUGGCGUUCCUCCAGGACGUCCAGCUGGUGGACGGGGAGCUGGUGGUGCCGCAGCCCGGCCUCUACUACGUCUACGCCCAGACGUACUUCAGACACACCCACUCCCUGGAGGAGGAGGGCGAGGACGGCGAGGAGGCGGAGGACAGAGGGAGACCCCUGCUGCAGUACGUCUAUAAAAAGGUGAGCUCCUACCCGGUCCCCAUCCUGCUGAUGAAGACGAGCCGAACCUCCUGCUGGUCCCGGGGCUCCCAGUUCUCUCUUCACUCCGCCCACCAGGGGGGGCUGUUCCCGCUCAGCACCGGCGACCGCCUGUUCGUCACGGUGACCAACGCCUCCGCUGUGGACAUGGACGAGAAGAGCAGUUUCUUUGGGGCGUUUCUCAUCAGCUAGACACUCCGAUGUUGGGAUCGCGUAUCACGUUUUUAAUUUUUUUGUGAUGCACCUGCAGCCUCUUGACCCAAAAAACUGCGACAGCGGGUCAUGGGGGAAGUGCAUCUUUGUCUUUUAGGAUCACAAGGCGAAUGAAAUUUAACAACACUGGUUUGAUGUUUGGAGCAGAGACUGAUGUGGAGUUGGGCUGCGUGCAUGCGUGAGAGCCGGUCAGACUAUUACAGUAAGUUUGGCUCAGACUCAACAGAGAUUAGAGUUUACUAACAUUUCUUUAAGGCAGAACCACCGCAAAGCUGUGUUUGCCUCCACAAAGUCAUAGCUGUGGACGGAGGUAAUACGCUUUCAAGUUGUCUGGUUGUCCGUCUGUCCAGUUCCUGUAAAAACAAUAUCUCAAAAACGCCUUGAAGGAAUUUUAUUCAAAUUUGGCACAAACGUCCACUUGAACUAAUUGGAUUUUGUUGGUCAAAGUCAAGGAUCGAGAUCAGUGUGAACUUGUAAAUGCAAUAUCUCACAAACACCUUGAGGGAGUUCUUCAAAUUUGGCACAAACAUCCAUUUAGACUUAAAAAAUGAAAUAAUUAGAUUUUGGUACCUCAUAAACAGCUUGAGGAAAUUUCUUUAAAUUUAGCGAAAACGUUCACUUGAAUUCAGAUAAUCAGAUGAACUAAUUCGAUUUUGGAUGUCACAGUUAAAGUUUAGUGUGACCUUGCAUCUGUCUCAUUCUCGUGAACGCAAAAUCUCACAAACAACUCGAGGGAAUUUCUUAAAAUUUGGCACAAACAUCCAUUUGAACUUAACGGUAAACGGAUUAGAUUUUGGUGCUUAUAGCUUAUUCUUGUAAAAGACAGUAUCUCAAGAACUUCUGGAGGGCGUUAACUCAAAUGUAGCACAAACGUCCACUUGGGCUCAAUAACAAAUUGACUGUAUUUUAUAGGUCGAAGGUCAAAUUCACCAUGAACUUGCAUCCGUGUCAUUUUCAUGAAUAUGAUAUCUCAAAAAGGCCUUGACCUAAUUCCUUCAAAUUUGGCACAAAAGUCAGUUUAUUCUCAAUAAUGAGCUGAUUAGAUUUCAGUGAUCAAAGGUCAUAGGUCAAGGUCAAUAUAACCUUGCAUCCAUCUCAUUCCCGUGAACAUGAUGACUCCUGAACACCUUCGUGGAGUUGCUUCAAAUUCAGCGCAAACGUCUGUAAGGACUCAAGAAUGAAGUGAUUCGAAUUUGGUCAAAGUUUACUGUGACCUCAUAAAACAUGUUUUUGGCUAUAACUCAGGAAUUCAUGCGCUAAUUAUGACAGAACUUCACACAAAUAUCUUACAGGGUAAAAUUAUGAAGUGAUGACAUUUUAUAACCAAAGAGUCAAAGGUCAGCUUCACUGUGAAAUCAUAAUGUUCAGCCAAAACACUUUCCUGGCUAGUACUCAACAGAAUAACUCAGAACAGACGGGGAGACAUCUGGUCAGAUACUGAAUUGGUGACACCAAUUUUGAAACUGUGUCGAUUGUAGAAAUCCUGUGUGUGUUAAGCGUCUAUGUUUUCACAGACAUGGAUGCAAACUUGAACUUAAACUUGACUGGUGUGUUCAGGCUACAGCUGUGAGGUGGUAACUCUAGUUUAAGGUAAAUUUAAGAGUGAAGAGCGGCACAUUUUCUGAAUUCCAAAGUUUUAAAGUUUAAUAACAGAUGAAAGAUGAAAUUUUAGACAAAACAUACUAAAAAACAUGGACCCUACAUGAUGCUGUUCUGCGCUGACAUUCUGCACACAACAGCUGAAUUCAGAUGUGAUUUGGCUCAUUAUAUUUUUAACAUUUUACUCUGACGCCUUGUUUCUAACUGGCUUUUUUCCUGUUGCUGGGAUUCUUUUGAUUUUUCCCACAGUAAAUCCUUGGAGCAGUUGUGCACAAAAAAGCACAUUUACAGGCGUUUGUCAGUGCUAUAACCUCAAGCUAUGGCGCCUAACAUCAUGCCAUGUUUGAGGUCAACAUGGUCGCUUUUCCAAACAUUUUGAGGGUUACAAGCCUGAAGGGCUGUUGAAUUCAGAUUAAAUUUAGAUGUGAUUUGCCUCGGUAUAUUCUUAACAUUUUACUCCGAUGGCUGAGUUAGAACUGGGUUUUUUUAUCCUGUAACUGGGAUUUUUUGGACUUUUCCCACAGUAAAUCCUUGAAGCAGCUGUUUACAAAAAAGCACCAUGACAGGCAUUAGUUGGUGCUACAACCUCAAGCUAUAGCAGACAAAAUGACAUGUUAAGGUCAAUAUGGUCACUUUUCUGAACAUUUUGAGGGUGACAGGCCUGAAGGGCUAUUUUUGUUUUUCUGAUGGUUUAUCAUUUCCCUCUGAAAAGUGUUUUUGCAGUUUUCCUUCAGACAGUAUAUCGUAGACACGUGAAAUUUUCAGCUGUGAUUCGAAGUUUUGACCAAUGUUGCUCCAGAAAUAGGACCUGAUGGGGGUGCUAUAAGAAAACGUCAACUUUAGAUCGUUCAAUUUACACAAAACCUGCCUCAUAAACCACUGAAGUUCACCUGCAAAAUCUGGCCAUAAAUCAAUGAGUUUGUCCAAACACAUCACAUUUUUAAUUAAUAAUUUUCCAAACCCAAAAUGGUUUAAAAUGACCAAUGGGAGGUAACGCCAUUGCCGAAAAAGAGUGUAGCCAGGUCAAAAUUUAGUUUUAAAUGAAUGAGUGUCUGUCUGAUGGUCAUAAAUCCUUUUGGUUAUCCUUCAUGCAGGAGUGAGAAACUUUUAAAGGUCUCCAUCGCUGCUGUCAAUGUUUUUACAGCCCAUGUUGCAGCUGUAUUACUUUUUUGGUCAUAAUCUAUCAUAGCUAGAUGCAUUUUUAAAAUUUAGACGUUGUCCUGAAUGCAAAGCAGUACGUAAAACCGGCUCGUAACUCAACUCACAAAUUCACAAACUCACCUAUAACAGCUCACAGACUGUCCACAUGCCAACCUGCAGCACCUGAAAGAAAGAAAAGUUGUACUUUAGA